UACAGCUUCGUCUCUCGCGUAUUUCGAAAUUACUAGAUUUGUAUUACGGACGGAUAUUAAUGUUUUGCGUUUAAACUGGUAACCUUCAUUUGACAGCUAUCUGUAAAGGCUCAGCUGUAUAAUGCAUCAUUGUGCAUACGAUAGAAACACAAUAUGUGCCUUUUCAUUUGUGAUGAAUGAUAUGCUUGAUCGAGGCGAUGUUAGAGUCAUUUACUGACCCGUAUAAAAAUGUUGCUAAACCAGCCGUGUGUUAAGCGGAUAGAUGCUAACCAGAGCUCCACUUACUAAACCAUUAUGGCCUCAGCCAAUGAUGCUCGCUAUGGUCAAAAAGAGUCCGCAGAUCAAAACUUUGACUACAUGUUCAAGAUCCUGAUUAUUGGUAACAGCAGUGUCGGCAAAACCAGCUUCCUGUUCCGCUACGCUGAUGACUCCUUCACACCUGCUUUUGUCAGCACGGUGGGCAUAGACUUCAAAGUAAAGACCAUCUAUAGGAAUGACAAAAGAAUAAAGCUUCAAAUAUGGGACACCGCUGGACAGGAAAGGUAUAGGACUAUCACCACAGCUUACUAUCGUGGAGCUAUGGGCUUUAUUUUGAUGUAUGACAUCACCAAUGAGGACUCCUUUAAUGCUGUUCAAGACUGGUCCACACAGAUUAAGACAUAUUCGUGGGACAACGCUCAAGUGCUUCUGGCGGGAAAUAAGUGUGACAUGGAUGAUGACCGAGUAGUUGCUUCAGACAGAGGAAGACAGCUGUCCGAGCAGCUAGGCUUUGAGUUUUUCGAGACCAGCGCAAAAGACAACAUCAAUGUGAAACAGACGUUUGAGCGCCUGGUGGACAUCAUCUGUGAAAGGAUGUCAGAAAGUCUCGAUUCUGAUCCAAACAUCACUGGAAACAAACAGGGACCUCAGCUAACUGAAAAUCCCGAGCGGUCCACUAAGGACUGCGCUUGCUAAGGAUCACAUCCCUGAAGACUGAACUAUAGAUGUAUCAUCGACACUAAAGAAAGCCUAUGGAAGAAGAUCUGAUGUAAGGUUGACAUCAACACAUUUUUGGUUUUCUCACAUAAACUUGUUAGCAUAAUAUGUGCUACUCUCAUGACUUGAUCACUUGGCAGCAUCUUGAGAGCAGGCUUUACAUUUCAUAUUAAUUAGACUGAUGGAUAUUUUGGGUUAAAAGAAUUUCAAACAAAAAUACUGGAUGAAUCGCGUCUUAAUUUUGGAACAGUAUACGUUUUUCUUAAAGUUGAUAAACUUUCAUGUGCAGUUUGUAUGUAUGUUUUAAGUUUUGUCAAGGUCAAAUAUAUGUAUAUGUAUAUUUACCGUAUUUUCCAGACUAUAAGUUGCUCCGGAGUAUAAGUCGCAUCAGUCAAAAAAUGCGUCAUAAAGAGGAAAAAACAUAUAAGUCGCAUUUAUUUUAGAAUUUUUUUCUUUUGGGGGGCAUUUUGUUUGUUAAGUCUUUCUCCGUUGUCUUUAAGUUAAUGUUUCAGUUAAGUGUUUUUCAGGGGUAGGCUACAGGAGCAACAUAUAGUGCCCUCUCGUGGCUGUAUGUUUUCAUUUGGUUCAGUCAGUAUGAAUUAAUUUUGACAUAGAAGUCGCACCUGACUAUAAGUCGCAGGAUCAGCCAAACUAUGAAAAAAGUGUGACUUAUAGUCCGGAAAAUACGGUAUACACAAUAUAUACAGUUGACAGCAGACUGACAGAAACUUUGAUAUAAAGGCUCAGUCAGUCAGAUGGGAUUUUAAAGGGUCGGCACGCUAAUUAAUUCGCUCUAUUUUACUUUCUAUAUAAUAUAAGAUGAUAUGAGAAUGAUGUUCUGGUAAUAGUUUAUAAAAGUAUGGUUAAUUGCUUAAUGUUUUGUAUGAAGGAAUUAAAUAUUUAAAUAGAUUUUCAGGAUUUUAGUGGUAUGUUUAUGCACGACCUGGACUCAUUCCUCUCAGUUACUGUUAGGAAAAUGUGUGAGUGUAUGCGUCUGUGUGCAUGAUAGUAUGUCAACCUAGUACGGUCUUUUUGUUGAACAAACAUAGAUGAGGAUUUCUGUCAUUCUGCAGCCCCAUAAACUGAAAAUAGCAGCUAGUGAGAUUCUGGAAAGGUUUUAAUUUUCAAAAAAAAAAUUUAAUACAUAGUAAUUAUUGACUACAGAUGCUCAUUUAACGCCUUCGUGUUUUAUAAUAUUAAAGAUUUAGAUUUGGUUAUGCACAACUAGCUGAUCACUUGCGUCAGUUAAAUCACUUAUGUACUGUAUGUUUAUUUACUGCUUUAUUUAAUACUUAUUUAUCUGAAUGCAUUUAAUUGGUGUAUGUGUUGAGCAUUGAAACAAUUGAGGACAGUUUAUCAGAGUAAAGCUCUGCACUGAUCAAUUUUUUGUGAUUUGUCAAAAACAAGCUUGGACCACUGAUGUGUUUUUCAAGUUGUAUGUUUAAAAAAAAGAAAAGUUUUUCAAUGGAACAAAAGGUGGAUAAAUGUCUGUAUAGCAUGUGCUGGUUCCCCUAUGCAAUUUAGAGCAAUUUAUGAGCUAUACCAAAUAGUCUCUGAAUAGGCAGGGACACUUGUGUGAACUUUUUGCAUAACUGAUGAGUACCUGCGUUUAUGCUCUAUUUAUUAUCAAUUGUAAACACAUUGCAACACAAUGAGAUAUACAUUUUAUACAGGGAAAGUUACAUAUUCUGUAGAAGUCACUGUUAAAACCAUAUAUUUAAGAGGAGUUUUAGUUUGGUUUUGAUGCUCUGUUUGUCAUUUGCCUGGAGGUUCUUUUUUUGUGUUUGUUGUUAAAUUGUACGAUAGUUCCUUACCAUAUAGAAAUGUCCACUGGUUUCCAUAAAAAGAUAAGAAAGAUACAAUUUUAGGUCAUAUACCGUCAUGUUGUUUUCACACUGAGCAGUAAAUGGUUAAGACUAAACCACUGUAUUAGCAACUGAUAUAAACAGGACACUCAAUAUAAUACAUUUGGUUCAGAUUAAAAUAGCCACAUGCUUCAAUGUUUUGAUUUGAAUAAAAAAUGUCUGUUUGAACUC